AUGGAGAAAGAAAAAGAGCCACAAAUUGAAUUUAUUGUUAGUCCGAUAAAGGAAAGCAAACCUACUCCAAGUGUUGAGAAGAAAAUGCCACCACUAGUGAAGGAGUACGUUCCCUGUCUCCUUUAUCCCUCAAGGAUGAAGAAUGAUCAUAUAGAUGAACAAUUCAAGAGAUUUUUGGACUUGUUAAAGCAAUUUCACAUCCAUGUACCGUUUAUGAAAGCCUUGUCCCAAAUUCCAAAGUAUGCUAAAUUUCUCAAGGAUCUAUUAACAAACCAACAGAAACUUGAGGAGGUAACGACGGUGACAUUGAGCGAAAGGAGCUCGGUUUUGCUUCACAACCAACUACCGAGGAAGCAAAAAGAUCAAAGGAGUUUUACUAUUCUUUGUAACAUUGGUGAUUUGGGUGAUGAAAAAGCUCUAGCGGAUUUAGGUGCUAGCAUUAAUGUAAUGUCAUUCACCAUGUUUAGGAAACUGGGACUAUGUGACCUUAAUCAGACUAAGAUGACAUUGCAACUAGCGAGCGACUCCAUCAGACAUCCUAGAAGAAUCAUAAAUGAUGUUUUGGUUAAGGUUGACAAGUUUAUUUUUCCUGUAGAUUUUGUAAUUCUAGAUGCAGACGAGGAUGUUGAAGUACCUCUCAUACUUGGUAGGCUAUUCCUAGCCACCUUCAAAGCCCUCAUUGAUGUUAGUAAAGGUAAAAUGACACUUAGGGUUGGGGAUGAGAAAGUUAUUUUUGCUUUAUCUGAUGCAAUGAAACGUCCCUCUACUUUUGAUGAUACAUGCUAUUACAUUGAUGGAACUGAGUCACUUGUGGAUGAAUGUGUGCGGGAGACGUUGCAUAAAGAGCCUUUCGAGGAGUCCUUGGAUGGCCCUCACAUUGAAGAGACCACCUCGUUGUUUAAACCUGCCAUUAUUGAGGAGAGCACGUAA